AUGGAGGCCGGGAGGACAGCUGUGCUCCGGGUGAAGCGGAAGCGCACCGCAGAGCCCGCCGAGGCGCUUGUCCUCGCCUGUAAACGGCUGCGGGUUAGCACAGUCGAAUCAUCGCCUCAGACGACGCCCUCCGAGGAUCUGCCGAGUGCGUCAGAGAAUAAUGUCUUCCAGCUUGUGGCCACCGUCCGCUCGCAGGAGGACCCGGUCCAUCCGCACGUGCGGGCCGCCUUGCACCCAUCCCGAGGCAGCCACCAGCGCAUCCGCAGUGCCCUCCGCGCGUCGGCUCGGGACAUCCAGCGGGAAGGCCGCUACCGGGUGGUCUCUAGCCGCCGAUCUUCGGAGACUCCCUUGGACUGCCUUGAGUCCAAGGACAGGACGGAAGCCGUCGAAGCCACGAGCAGCACAGGCUUCCAGCUCUUCGACCUAGUCCACGAGGAGGGAGACCCAGAGGCCACCGGCGCGAGAUCCUGCCAAACAUCUGACCCAGCUGCGAUCCUCUGCAAUUCCACAGAGUUGAUCCGUGAGCGGUUGGUCAUCUCUGAGAAGAGCCCAGGAGACGGGGAACAAGCGGAAGAUAAAGAGGGCGAAUAUGUGUAUGACAUUUAUUGCUUGGAGAUGGCCACUCCAGGGUGGAUUGAAAACAUCCUGUCAGUGCAGCCCUACAGCCAGGAAUGGGAGUUGGUGGAUGACGACCAAGAAGCUGAGGAGGUUUAUGAAGAUGAAGACGACGAGAACUGUGAGAAUAAUUGGCGCAAUGAGUACCCAGAGGAGGACAGCAGUGAUGAAGAAGACUAUUACAGAGGCUCUGAUGAAGAUGAUGGCUUCAGUGAAGAGGAGCGAGCUGGCAGCAGACCAUACGUGAGAAGCAAAUACCCUCUGGAUGUGCAGGAGGAGUUUGGCUACGAGAGCUCCCUGGAUUCAGACUGA